AUGCAGCUGCUCGACCUCCCGCCCGAGCUGUUCCAACGCAUCAUCCACCAAUUGGUGAACGACUAUGGCUCAGACAAUAUCCUGGACGCCUUGAACCUGCGUUCUGUCUGCCGAACAUUUGCUCGAGAGAUCGAACAUGACAUAUUUUCCAAGCAGAGCUCCGAGGUCGUUAGCUCCAUCUUCAUACAUUGCUCGGAGAAAUUCUACCUACGUCACGCGUGGAAGUAUCUGUUCUACCUGGUCAAAUCUAAUCGGAACCGGGACUGCGUGGUGUCGAAACGAAUUGAGGAAAUGGUGGAUUACUUAGUCACAGUACGCGGGCUCGAUGCUCAACUCAAGGAUGCAUACACUGAAGCAUUAUGCGCGACCGCUGUGUACUACCAGUAUCCAGCGCGUUCGCGUUUCGCUGAGGUCCUCCGCUUGCCAGUACCCCACGCGUCUGCUUGGAUUUACGACUACAUGCGCUACCCUCUUGCCCCAAUAGCGUGGGCAGGGUGUCAAGCAGAGACUACCACGGAGAUGAAGCUCGCUGCUGCUGCGGCCGUGGGGGAUGCCGGACUUGUCGCCGAUCUCCUGCCUUAUGCCGAUUUUCUCAAAUACAAUAAAUUCGAUAUAUUAGGGGAUCCGUUCAGUAACGCAGCAAUGCGGAGACAUGACCAUAUCAUCAAGGUCAUCCUCGAUUACCUCCAUCCCGAGGUAAAUUUCGCUAAUGGCUCCUGGAAAUCUGGGAAUUACGAGGGCAUGGCGAGAUACUACGCCAAUGCACUCAACUGGGAUCGAAUGCUUCACUGCGGCGACGAAAAGUAUUUCAAAACCUUGAUCCAGACCUACAAGGCGUGGACCACAAUCCGCGAUCCUUACCAUUAUCGGGUCUGGUUGCGACUGGCCGUUAUAGCGAAUGAUGCUAGAAUGGUCACUGUCCUUCUCGACAUUGGUAUUGAGACUACUAGUAAGCCAUCCGCUUGGAUUCUCCUCACGCAAGCACAGAUCGGAUGGGUUCUGAAGGACGGCUUUGAGCAAGCAUGCUGUCGACGCAAAGCCGGCCUGGGCGCGGUUGAGGCAUAUAUCCACCAUCCUAAUCUCGGCCCGAACUACCUGUUCUUCGACGGUUCGACACCCCUAGGCAUAGCCGCGUCCACCGGCUCCAAGCCUCAUGUUUUGGCCAUCUUGAACGCUGGUGCCUUCCCAGAUGGCGUAGAGGGCUCUGAGGACAUCCCGAUUAUGGAGGCUGCAGCAUAUAGGUAUUCGGAGAUAUUCGACCUCCUAGUCUCACACGGCGCAGAUGCUUCCAUGCCUGAGCGUUACGGUUUCAGUUUCAUGAUGCGCCGGAAGAUUUGCUCUGGGUUUGGUGGUGUUGAUGGCGAGGGAGCAGACGAGCAGUAUAGCACCAGUGUGGAAAAAUGGGAGUCCUGGGCUAGGGCGACGGAGACCACUGCGAAUUGA